UGAUUUAUCCACCGUUUAAGCUAAACGCGGGCUUGAUACAACCAGGGUUGCCAGAUUACUGAAUAAAUUAGCCGAACAUUAUUACCAUAAUCGUUAUUUUUUUUAUUUCAAACAAAGAAAUUCAAAGGGCCGACCACAACAAUGCUUCUUGUUUGGCUUCUUUUUCAGUAAUCUAGCACCCUGGAUACAACCGGCUCCUGAACUUCAAACGUAAUUGGUCUUAAAAAAUAGUGGUAUCUCAACUUGAAAUGGAACAAUACCAAUCUCGCACAUAUAGUGCGUGAAUAAGAGACUCGGCAAAAUAAAAUUCCUAAAAAGAAAUGAAAUCGCCACUUUAAGAGUCCAACGAUUUUGCUUUUACAUAACAAGAUAGAGAAGUUUUUUCAUCUCUUUAUAUAGCAAUAUCUUUUUAAUGUUAUAAAGUUAAAAAGGCGCGGGGAGCUGAAUAUAAUCUUACUGGCACGAAAUUUAAUCUUAUUGGCACAGAAUUAAAUUUAAUUCUAUUUUAUUUAAUCUUAUUGGUACGUUAUAAUCUUAUUAGUGUUAUAAUAGCUGGCAAUAACAGAGUAAUCUUGUAAACCAAUAUACGAGUCAUGAAUAGCAGGUUGUCUUAAAACACGUAGAGCAUUUAGAAAAUGUUUUUAAACUUUUAUAUGUUUUUGUGGUUAAUCCCCUUGUGACGUCAUCAAAACCACACCGUUUUAAUAAGGAAAUUGUGCGGUCAGUUCAAUCAAUUCGGUUAAGUUAUUUCAAAAUAAUUUAUUUUAGAGACCUUCUGCAUGACCCUCGGAAAAGCAGAUAUACAUAAUGUGGGAAAUAACUAAAAACAAAAAUAUAACCGCUAUCGAGCAGUUUGCAUAAAGCGAACUAAGCGCUAUCAAGCAUUCUAGCCCAAGUACUAUGCAAUAAAAGUAUAUAAUAGACAGAAGUAUUUGUUAAAAUAUGACUUCAAUAUUAAACCGUCCGAGUUUAGAAUGAAAGAAAGUAAUAUAACGCAAAGUUUCUCGGCGCUAAAACACCGCUGAAUGCACUACAGUGUUUUUUUAAAAUCUCAUCUACAGUUACAUUCCCUCGCUUCCGUAGCAGUUAAAAAACAAAGAAAGCUUAGCGUCAAUAUAAGCAGUCAGCACCUGAAACGGUUUUCUUAAUCUGAGUUAUAAACUGCAACUACAUCCCCGUAGUUCCAACCUACGAAGGUAUUUACCUCCUGAUAAAUUUCCAUUUUGUGCAUAUAUGCACGAUAAAAUGCAAUUAGCCACGAUCCAAACAGGAGAAACUAAAUUGUAUUUCUGAAAUGGAUAAACAAACAUUGUUUACAAACAAGUACACGUGAGUUUGGCGCAUGAUCUUGUCUGUGAGGUUUUUCAUGUGCGGACACCCUACACGUUGAAGUGAGAGCGUAUAUAUUAAACAGCAUGUGUACAAUCCUCAUGAGUUGCGAGUUCACGGAGGGCAAUAAAUCAUCUUUCACUCGAUACUUGUAUUAUUGUUAUCUUGUGACUAUUCGUUACUAUUACUCUAUACAAGUGUUCAAUAGGCCUUCUUGCGAUAAAACAAUUUACUUAUCAAACUUCACAUGUUUCAUUUUGACACACGCCGGAAUAUGGAGGAAUUUAUAUUUGAUAACUCGUGUCUUGUUCAACCGGAAUUUUGCAAAACUGAUCGAGAUGAAUUCAAUUUUGAGCUACCGACCUUCCUAGGCCAUACACGAGCAUGGAAUGACAAUAAUUUAUUCAUGUGCAAGGAUGGUUCAUUUAUGUAUUCCUCUGAUUGCUCUAAUGCUGAGUGUUUUGCCGAGCCCGAGUUUGACUUUUUUGACUCGAGACUUUACGAGAUAAACGAAUUUUCGACGUUAGAAAAUGAGAUGUCACCGAUUACCAACGUGGACGUGCAAACGACUGCGGGAUAUUUUAAUGGUGAAUACAGCGUGGGAUUAGAUUGUUUUGAUGAUACUCAAGAUAUUUAUGGAAGAAUAAAUGAACCCUGCAAAACCUUUUUUAAUCCCAUGGUCAGUCAUUUCCAGGAAAAUUUACAAGCGAAUGACACGGAAUUCUUUGCACCUUCCUUGGGUGAUGAAGAUGUUUAUCAAAUACUCGAAAUGUUGGAAGAUGAAAAUAUCAAAACCAUAUGUUGGGGGAACAAAAGAACUAAAUCAUGCUGUGAAGAUAGCCACGAAAUAUAUGGUUCCCAGUGCAGUUUUUAUGAACUAAAGAAUGAGCAGAACUGUGCAGAAGGUGAUAGUUACAACUUGCAAAGUGUGAAAAGAUCAGGCUUGAAACGAAAGAAUGAAGGUAAAAAAGACGAGAGGUACUGGAUCAGGAGAAUGAAAAAUAACGCUGCAGCAAAGAAAUCACGUGCCGCAAGGAAAAACCGUUUUUCUUUCCUAGAAAAACGAAUCAAGGUGCUCGAAAUUGAAAAUGCUGAGAAGAAGGAAUUUCUAAGAAUGCUUGAACAAAAAUUAUUAGAGAAACAAAGGAAAUAAAUUUAGUUUUUAUUAUAGCCUCUAGUAAACAAGUAUGCUCAUGCUAAACGCAUCAAAACUAAUAUACGCGGUCUCUUCAGCUGUAACAUUUGUAUUAUUAUAUUUUAAUAAAUAAAAUUUAAACUCCGGCGUUCAUUGACUUCAUUUUUUCAGAAUUGCGCAUUCAUGGAAUCAUGCACGUUCGUCCGCGUCUCUUACGAGAGGUUUGAAAUAGCAAGACCAUGCAGGCUUUUAAUACGACCAAGAGCGCUACAUGCUUCCCGGUUAAAAAUACGUUUCACACUCAAAUUCUCUCUCGUCCCUCGACGAAUGUAGAUGCAGAAGCAUUUUCACAACUACGGGAGCGAUUACAGUUACAGAAAGCACGUGUUGGUUUCAGCUAUAUUGUCUCAUAUUUAAAAAAUAGAAAACAUUUCCGUGUUUCUAUACAGUAAUAGAAACAUGCCUUUCGACCAAUCUGCACGCGCGUACUAUAAACGUCUCGAAUUAUCCUUUUUUCGUUUAUUGUCGGCA